AUGGCACCCAGCAGUUGGCGUGAGGGGCUGCAGGAGCUUGGGGAACGAGUCUUUUCCGACCCCAUGGAGCUGUAUGAGACCUCCCCCUACUUCUACCAGGAACCCCACUUCUAUGACGGGGAGAACUACCUGCCCGUCCACCUCCAGGCCUUCGAGCCGCCAGGCUACGAGCGGGCCGAGCUCAGCCUGAGCCCCGAGGUGCGAGGGCCCCUCGAGGACAAGGGGCUGGGGACCCCCGAGCACUGCCUGGGCCAGUGCCUGCCAUGGGCGUGCAAGGUGUGUAAGAGGAAGUCGGUGUCAGUGGACCGGCGGCGCGCAGCGACGCUGAGGGAGAAGCGCAGGCUCAAGAAGGUGAACGAGGCGUUCGAGGCUCUGAAGAGGAGCACCUUGCCCAACCCCAGCCAGCGGCUGCCCAAGGUGGAGAUCCUGCGCAGCGCCAUCCAGUACAUUGAGCGCCUGCAGGCCCUGCUCAGCUCCCUCCACCAGGAAGAGCGGGACCUCCGCUACCAGGCUGGUGGCGGGCCCCAGCCAGGGGUGCCCAGUGAAUGCAGCUCCCACAGUGCCUCCUGCAGUCCAGAGUGGGGCAGCACCUUGGAGUUUGGCCCCAAUACAGGGGAUCACCUGCUCACAGCUGAUCCUGCAGACACCCACAACCUGCACUCGCUCACCUCCAUUGUGGACAGCAUCACAGUGGAAGACGUCUCUGUGGCCUUCCCGGAUGAAACCAUGCCUAACUGA